GGCCGGCGGCGGCGGGUCCAGUCCGGCUCAGCCUCGCCGCACUGUCAGUGCUGUGCCGCCGACCGCGCCGGCAGUGACCCCGCGCGUGUUGCAGUGUGCGUGUCUGCUUGUGUGCGAGCCCGAGGGCAUGCCUAUCCGGUGACCGAGAUGAAGCCUCUGGAACUGAUGCUGACCCUCACCGCCACUGCCCUGGCCGGAUCGCCCGAGGAUGGGUGGCUUCAGCAAGCAUUCCAAUCGCCUCAUUUUGACACGACCACACCCAGAAACGUCACUGCACUGGUCGGUAAAACGGCGCACCUUCACUGCAAAGUGAAGCGGCUCAACAACAAAACGGUCUCGUGGAUCCGGGCUCGUGACCUGCACAUUCUGACCGCCGGCACGGACACAUACACCAACGACGCGCGGUUCCAGGUAGCGCGCGACGCGGCUCGGAACGACUGGACGCUGAUGAUCAAGUUCGCGCAGGAGUCGGACUCCGGCACGUACGAGUGUCAGAUCUCCACUCAGCCGCUCAUCGCCUACCCGGUCCAGCUCAAGGUCGUCUUGCCGGAGUCCAGGAUUCUGGGCGGCGCCGACAUGUACAUCAACCGGGGCAGUCUGAUCAACUUGACCUGUGUGGUCACUAACUCGCCGGAGCCGCCCGCCUACAUCUUCUGGUAUCACGGGGACAAGGUGAUCAGCUAUGACUCGCCCCGCGGAGGGGUCAGCGUGGUCACCGAAAAGGGGGACGUGACCACGUCACACCUUCUCAUCCGAGCCGCUCGUCCCUCGGACUCCGGGGUGUACAGCUGUGAGCCCUCCAACGCCCGCAUCGCCACCAUCAUCGUGCACGUGUUGCAAGGGGAGACUCCGGCGGCGAUGCAUACCUCAGGAGGCCACCGCUGGGACGCGGCACCAGCUCUGGUCGUCUUGAUACUUCAGCUGCUGUGGCAGUUCGGCACGUGAGCCGCCCACGACCCGUCUGGACGUCCCGCCGGCUGGACCGCGGGUCAAAGGUCAACGGCUGGCGACUGACCGAGGUCGGAGGUCACCUGUUUCUCUGGCCGGAUGGACCACGUUCACACUCCUGAGUGAGAUUUGAGAGGAGACUAAUCAUGUCUAUGGUCAGUGAUCGGUGACUGUGACCUGGCAUGGGACGAUUUGACCUUGCCGUGACGCUGACUCUGUGAAAUUGAAGGUGAUGGAAGCGUCACUGGACGACGUCAGAUGAUGGUCGUGUAACGUGACCGGACAAAGGAUAGGCGACGGUCGAGUGUUCUCCCAUUGGAAGUGCUCUCGCGGCUGUUCUUACAUGUCUUUGCCGGGUCCAGUGUGUGUGGAUCGCUCCGCGCGCGCUCAGUGGUUAACUGAUGGCGGAGUAAGAACGAAGCGAAUGUGAUCUAAGUGGGAGAGAACUUGGUAUGAGUGUGAAAAUAGCGAGACUCAGAAGCCCGUGUGGUUGUUAUGCUUUCCCAGAAUGGGACAUAUGUAUGGGCAUUAUGGGAUCAGGCGUCUUGUUGCGCCACUGCAGGUUUGUCUGAAUGUAGGACUGAUCACUGCAAAGAGCCUCAGUGAGGUUGCGCAGACGUGAGCGGAAAAUGGGGCAGACCUGUGUCGAGUGCUCGGAGAGACACCUGCCUCUAGUACGUGGACGUUUGGCGGAGAUCAGCGUUAAACUAAACGGGGUGACAAGCUCAGCAGGUCGUGUGCAAUGUUCUGGUGACGCCGAGAAAGGACUCGAAAAAGAGAUAAAUCUACAAAAAUGUGACCACUCGGCGCGGAUGUCAGCUUACAUUUGAUGGCAGCGCUGCUGGUCAGCUCCAGUGACGCGACCUUCCAGGGCAUCAUUGUAUCGUCGCGUAUUGUCUGCUCGCUGUGCGCUCGCUGAGUGGUUUCUUACAGGCGCUGUCUCUUUGCGUUGUGUAUUGGACAUCGGCGUCUCCAGACGAUGUAAUAAAAACCUAAAAAUGUAUCAUUUCUCGGUUGGAAUGUGUCCCUGAAUGUUCCAGCUGCAUCGUCAUAAAAGUGUGUGAUUUGGUGUGUAGCUUCUCAGCAUGCUGCGAGUGUGAGGUGAUUAAUGAUCAGUUCUAAAAACUUCUGGUGAGCGGUGUCUGUCGUGGUUGACUGAUGACUGAGAUGACUGAAGGCACUGAGAGCGUCCUACAUGAUAACAGUAACUGCAUUCAAGGGCAUCAUUUGCUGCUGCUGUUGAAUGGAUAUUUGGAAACAAUUGAACGUUCGAUACAUCAUGUGAGAUGCUAUUACGUCAAUAAAAGUUGGCAUUCUGAACGGCCCGCUUCCAAAAUGGCAACCAAUAUUUCAUACGCUAUUCCGCCUCGCCUCCGCGCUCAUUUAAUUUGCUAGAGUUCUGGUUGCAACUUGCAAAAGCUCGUUUUUUAGAUUUGCCAAGGUUUUCAGAACUCUUCAUCUCC